AUGUUUUAUAGACUGCUUAAAUUCACCGUCGUUAUCUUUACAAUCGCAUUCUUGUCAGAGCUAGCACACACCGCCUCUCCACCUCCAAUUGAGGCAACUAGCAGUCCAUUCCUUUGUCAAGAAGCGAGUGCAACUUGUAGUUGUCCUCUACUAGCGCGCAAGAUUUCCUCCGAACACAAUUCACGCUGUGCAUCGAUUAUACUCGAUAACAAGAGUAGUUAUAACGUGCGUUUGGUAGUUGCCAGUCUUGAAGAUGGUCGUUGGGUGACAUCAGACGAUUCUGGUGACGUCGAUAUUGACUGCAGCCCACGGACCAAACGUUUCGCAAAUGAUGAACUCGAAGUUCUUUCGAGCGUCACAAGUCACUUUUUGGGUGGAAUACGCGGUUAUGCCACGUUUCAUUUGGACGAUGACGCUUCCACCAAUUUUACCAUAUACUGGGACGCUCCAUUACUUGGUGAUAAUAGCUAUGGUAUUACUGGAUUGCCUACGACAAAGUAUCAAGUUGCUCUCCAAAAUAACCUUGACAAUACAGUCUUUCAAGUUACAGUUAGGCCAGUUAGCACUUACUCAACCGAUUGGGGGUCGAUCUUUUCAGUAUUAUCUUUGAUUGGCAUA